CUAAGAAAUGAGAUUCACCACCUGACAUUUUGCUUUCAUCAGUCAAAAAAGGGAUUGUUACUAGCUUGAAAGUGAUCAAGAGUGAAUUGUGUCGUAAACAUUACCGGGAAAAUGAACAAGAUCUGGAUCUCCAACUGAGAAGUUGAACUUGUGUCUUUCCGGGUGAAAGAUAAGUGACUCACUCCCAUUACUCUCCAGCAUUAUAUAUUGAGGAACAUUAAUAAACGGUGGAUCAUUGACGGGUUCAACGAAAACCGGAACAUCCAGAUGAUUGAUCCCAUUCUUGUUCUUUGUGGACAGCCGAAGAGAAUCAACACCAGCAAAAUUCUCAUUUCUGAGGCAGGCAGAACCAAAGAAAACAAAGUUGAAAUUAGCAAAAUCUGAAACUCGCUUAUGAUGCCACAAAGAGUAUCUGUGGCUUCAUAUAUACCCGAGAUAUUGAAUCGACUGAAGUGCCGGAUUGAUAACUCCUAUUUGCUCUUCUUGAACCUAAACAGUAGCCAUUUCUUUCAAUGCAACACAACUGCAGGAUUAGGACAAAUUCCUCUGAGUACUAGCAAGAAGCUCCUAAUCUAUUGAUUAACAUUUAGGUUCAGGUACAUAGCGUAUUGCUGCCAAUUCCUUAAGUGAGUCAUAGUUGCUUGUAUGCAGGUGAGUUGAAUACUAGACAGAUAUUGCAACUUACUACGUCUAAUGAUCAAGACAUAUCUAAAACCUAGUCACAAAUAAGCCAAAGUUCGAGAUCAAACUUCAUAUGUGUCCCUCUAUAUGAGAGUGAAUAAACAAACAUAUACCCAAAUGUCCUAGAUAGAUUAUACAAUCAACUUGGAAAGAUGAAUAGUAAUCAAAAGUUUCAUACAUGUAAAGAAUUCCGAUGUGUAAUCCAUCACUUCUGCUAGCUUUUAGGUUGAAUACAUUUGAAGUUGGCAAAAGAAUCCAACUCUGAUAGUCUCAAAAACUUCACAAAACAAAACUGUAGUUGAAUCCUCCAACAGGAACUGGAACUGAAAGACCAGAUCAUCAUCACCUUGGAGGCACGAGGAGGAAAAUCAAAAUCAGAUUGAGAUAAAGAAAAUUACGAAGAAGACUUCUCUCAUGCCAAUUUGCACUAAACGCCGUGAAGGUCUCUAUAGCAAAGCCUCUCAGCUUUGUCUUCUUUCCGGUGCACAAAUAGCCAUCUUAGCGACUCCUCCUUCUUCUGAAUCCAACGUCUCCUUCUACUCUUUCGGUCACUCCUCCGUUGAUGGUGUUGUCUCUGCUUUUCUCUCGGAACAACGUCCUGUUUCGGCUCCUGUUCCGGAGGAUAACAAAGCGAUGAGGGAAGACGUUGGUAUCUGCUUAACUCGCAAGAAUCUAGGGUUAGGGUUUUGGUGGAAUAACGAGAGCCUUGCCAGAUCGGAGAAUCCUCAAGAGCUUAGUGAUGCGAUCGAUUCCAUGUGGGCGUUGUUGAGUAAUCUAAAGGAAUUGCGUGCAGAGGAAGCUUUUGUUAACAAUCACAAUGACUUGAAGAAGAAUGAGAAGAGCGAUCAAACCCUAAAUCUUCAGUCCACUUCCGCAAUUUGUUGCAUUCCUGAUGAUUCACCUGAAAAUUUCAACGAGAUUACUCAAGAGCCAGACCAAACCCAAAAUCUUCAGUCCAAUAAUUCUACAAUUUGUUGCUUCCCUGAUGAUCUCGUUGUACUCGAUGAUGAUUUACCUGAAAAUUUCAACGAGAUCACUGAAGAACAAGAUCAGAUUCUCUCGAUUUGUGAAAGCUUUUGUGUUACGGACAACAACAACAACAAGAAUGCCUUGCCUGAAGUAAGCUUGGAUUAUGAUCAAGACAUGGAUAUUGAUCAACUCAUUGAUUUCGAGACUAAUUUUGAAAGCUCGCUAGAUGAUUGGUUUUCGGACAACACUCAUCAGGAACUUCAGGCGUGACUAUGAGUAAAAAAAAAAGGCAUUUGUGUUGACAUUCUCACACUUCACCACCUUAACUCUCAGUUUCUCUCUGUUUUGUUUUGAGAAACAAGAACACGUUUAUGAACUUUUAAUGUCUACAUGAUAAUAUUGGAUCAAUGGAUAACAUUACACAACACCACACACUCAUACAUAUACUACUUUACUUCUACUUCUACUUUCUACAUACACAUACACACUUGCACUUGGACCUUACUCCUAGUUCUAGACUCUCUUACACAAGCAAGGUAGCCACCCUACACAUUGAAAUUGGAACACUAGUUCCUUGAUUCACUCUCUUCUUUUAGACUCUAACUAGGACUUAGACAAACUAAACAUACUUGGGCCUACUUCAUUUGCAGCCCAUUACAACCUUAUUACAAAACACAAAGCCCAACUCCUUUCUCAUGUUGACUUUGCAUCUGUCGUUGACCCUUGUCUCACGAGUCGUGAGUCACGACAUCUUCUUCUUCUUCUUCCUUCGUCUUCUUCGCUUGGCUUCUCUUUUCUCUUCAUCUUUUCCUUCUCAUGAAGCUUUUCUCUUUUGCAGGUUUAAUUAAAAGAUUCAAUUCCAACAAUUUGCCUUA